AUGGAAACCAAAGAUCCUCUAGAUAUAAAAUCUACAAAGAAAUUUCCAUUAACAUUGAGGUUGAUAGUUAUAGCCAUCGCAGUGGUUUGUGCAAUAUACAUAUGCUCAAUUUGCUUAGAGCUAAAACAUAUACGCACAGCAUCAAAAUUGCUAGGUGUUAGUGUGUUCAACCAACCAUGUCCUCGUCCUUCCAACGUCCAAGAAUGGGAACUUCCAUACUUGCAUUAUCCACAACCCAAAACCUAUAACAGAGAGGAGUGUAGUUGCAAUCCUGUUCGAUAUUUUUGUAUUGUAUCAAUGCAAAGAUCUGGGAGUGGAUGGUUCGAGACGUUUUUGAACAGUCAUAUUAACAUAAGCUCCAAUGGAGAAAUAUUUUCGGUCAGCAAAAGAAGAGAAAACGUUUCUUUAAUUUUGAAGACGAUAGAUGAAGUUUAUAAUCUUGAUUGGUUAACGAGUGCUUCCAAGAAUGAGUGUUCUGCUGCUGUUGGCUUCAAGUGGAUGCUUAAUCAGGGUUUGAUAGAGCAUCAUAAAGAAAUAGUGGAAUAUUUGGAGGAGAAACAAGUUUCUAUGAUAUUCUUGUUUAGAAGAAAUUUGCUUCGGAGAAUGGUAUCUGUGCUAGCCAAUUCUUAUGAUAAAGAUUUCAAACUAUUAAAUGGAACACACCAGUCUCACGUGCAUUCUACAUUCGAGGCAGCGAUUCUUGCGAAGUACAAACCACAAAUCAAUAGCACGUUAUUGAUUCAAGAGCUAAAGCAAACGGAGGAGAUGAUUGGAAAAGCGAUUGCGUAUUUUAAGAACAUUCGUCACGUUGUUCUUUACUAUGAGGAUCUUGUCAACAACCACAAUAAAUUGAAGGAUGUUCAAGAAUUUCUAAGAGUGCCAUACAGAGAACUAGAGAGUCGUCAAGUGAAGAUACAUACUGCGCCAUUAUCAAAGCAAAUUGAAAACUGGAAUGAAGUUCAAAAAGUGCUGAAAGGGACCAUGUACGAAAGUUUUCUUAAUGACUAA